CCAAGAUGAGCCUGUUCGGGUCGACCUCGGGCUUCGGGACCGGAGGCACCAGCAUGUUCGGCAGCACCACCGCGGACAACCACAACCCCAUGAAGGACAUCGAGGUGACAUCCCCGCCUGACGACAGCAUAUCCUGCUUAGCUUUUAGCCCGCCGACGUUGCCUGGUAACUUCCUCAUUGCGGGAUCAUGGGCCAACGAUGUUCGCUGCUGGGAAGUUCAGGAUAACGGACAGACAAUUCCGAAGGCUCAGCAGAUGCACACAGGGCCUGUGCUCGAUGGGUGCUGGAGUGAUGAUGGGAGUAAAGUAUUUACAGCUUCCUGUGAUAAAACUGCCAAAAUGUGGGAUCUCAACAGUAAUCAGGCUAUUCAGAUUGCACAGCACGAUGCUCCUGUUAAGACUAUCCAUUGGAUUAAAGCACCAAAUUACAGCUGUGUGAUGACAGGAAGCUGGGAUAAAACUUUGAAGUUCUGGGAUACCCGUUUGCCGACACCUAUGAUGACGCUGCAGCUCCCUGAAAGAUGUUACUGUGCUGAUGUGGUUCAUCCUAUGGCUGCUGUGGCCACUGCAGAAAGGGGGCUGAUAGUUUAUCAGUUAGAGAAUCAACCUUCUGAAUUUAGAAGAAUAGAAUCUCCUCUUAAACACCAGCAUCGCUGUGUUGCUAUUUUUAAAGACAAAGUGAACAAACCUACUGGAUUUGCCCUUGGAAGUAUUGAAGGAAGAGUAGCUAUUCAUUAUAUCAACCCUCCAAAUCCUGCAAAAGACAAUUUCACUUUUAAAUGUCAUCGCUCCAAUGGAACGAACACAUCAGUACCUCAGGAUAUCUAUGCU